ACCGCACUAUCAAAGCCGUGUCAGCUGUGCGCUUGGUAUCCGAGGGUGAGGAUGCUAUGAAGGGGUCCCGCCGAAGAUGGUUCAGAGCCGUAAUGCUGGGCCUGUGUAUAUGGUCCGUAUAUAUCCUAUAUAAGAACACGGAAAACCUGUUUUCAAGUUCUGUCCAAAAGGUCGAUACACAAGGAGGACAUCCUGGACGAGGGUUCUUUAAAGAACCGAUACCGUGCGACACGACUAACCCCUGUCAGCCUAAAGCUCACACAAAGGUCAUUCUGCUCACGUACAUGCGCAGUGGCUCGACGUUAACUGGAGACAUCCUUUCUGCGCACCCGGAUGUGUUUUACUUCUUCGAACCACUUCACUUCAUGUCCAAGGAGAAACAUACUGUAUUCGAUUAUCUAAGACAGCGACAAAAACGCGUUGGCCAUAUUCACAAAAGUUACAUAACUAAACUUACAAUGUCUGCAUUGCUGAACUGCGACUUCGUAAAGAUGGACAUUGAUACGCUAAGUGUCUUCCAUCUUCAAUUCAGCCGCACGACCAAACCCUACUAUAACUGUUUGACUGCAUACCCAGGAGUCCAGGGCGUGUUCCUUUGCCUGCAGCACCUCUACAGGGCGUGUUACAGCGCUAAAGUCCUCCUCACUAAAACGGUCUCUCUCAGCGGGAUUAUUACCAAAGACUUGAUGGAUUCAGAUUCCAAAUUACGUGUCAUCCAUCUUAUCCGCGAUCCCCGUGCCACAAUAUGGUCCGAAGGGCGGUUCUAUGUUUACAAGCAAACAGAUUUUGAGAAAUUUGUUGGAACAUUUUGCAAAAGGUUAUUAACAGAUCUGCAAACAACUGAAGCAAUUAAAGAAAAGGAUCCAAGCAGGGUCCACACAGUUCUUUUUGAACAUUUAGCAGAACGUCCUCUCAGUUUGUCUAGACAGUUAUACAACGUCCUCAAUUUACCCAUGAUGCCUUCUGUUUUGAAGCAUAUACGAAAUGUGACUAUGGAAGGUCACAACCAGAACUGUUCCAUGUGUAUUUCUAAAGCCAAUUCUGCGAGGGCGUCCCAGGAAUGGCGGCUUCAUCUGGAUUACAAAAAGGUCCAGUUUAUUGAUGAAGAAUGUCAAGAGGCCUAUGACUAUCUUGGUUAUAAACGUGUUGAAAGUAAGGAAGUCUAUACCAAUUUGUCCAUCCCUUUACACACGUGGCCCAUCAUUUGAU